AAUAAUUUCUAAAAAAAAAAAAAAAAAAAAAAAAAAUAUGAUAAAUUUUCAUUGGUGUUGUCUGCAAAACUAGGUAAUUCAGAGGAACAACAAGGGCAAUGAUACGGCACUAAAAACCAAGCUUUACAAGUUACAACCCACCAUCCAAUUUAUGUCUCCUUUCUUCUUCUUCAACGACCACCCAUCAGAUUCAACAACUUUUUUAAUUAAUAAAACACCAAAUGGUAUCAAACAUGUUCACGAUCACAAUCACAAUCACUCACCACACUAAACAGUCAAAACCCUUGUUUAAUUCAACACCAUUUGAUCCAGAAACAAGCUCAAGAUUGACCUCAUUAAUGGCCAAAACCCUAUUACUUUUCUGGUUAUUAAUCCUUUUUCUCUCAAGCCCAGUUCUCUCUCAGCAUGAUCAGUUCGUUUUCAAUGGUUUCAAAGAUGUUGGAAACAACAUAACUCUAGAUGGAGUUGCAGAGAUACAGAGCAACGGUAUCCUCAAGCUCACCAAUGACACCCUCAGAUUGAUUGGUCACGCGUUUUACCCAAAUCCAAUCAAGUUCAAGAACUCCAUUGACGGAACACCUUUCUCUUUCUCCACAGCUUUCGCUUUCGCCAUAGUUCCAGAGUAUGCCAAGCUCGGCGGCCAUGGCUUAGCCUUCACGAUCUCGCCGCAAAAAGGGCUUCCGGGUGCUCUCCCAAGCCAGUACUUGGGGCUUCUCAAUGCCAGCGACAAUGGAAAUUUCACAAAUCACAUUUUCGCAGUCGAAUUCGACACAGUCCAAGACUUCGAAUUCGCAGACAUCAGUGACAAUCAUGUCGGCAUCAACCUCAACAGCAUGACAUCGAACGCGUCAGCCAAUGCCAGCUACUUCGCGGAGGGCAAUUCGACGAGGCAAAAUCUGAAUCUCAAGAGUGGGAAGACAAUUCAAGCAUGGAUCGACUACGAUGCAGCAACAAAGUUAUUGAAUGUCACGCUUUCACUCUCUUCAACAAAACCCAGUUCAUCAAUCUUGUCAUUUCCAGUAGAUCUCUCUGUGUAUCUCGAGGACUCGAUGUAUGUGGGUUUCUCUUCUUCCACUGGUUUGCUUGCGAGCUUUCAUUAUAUCUUCGGAUGGAGCUUCAAGAUCAAUGGACAAGCUCAAUCUCUUGAUCUGUCUUCACUUCCUAAGCUUCCCGGUCCGAAAAAGGAUCAGACGGUGUUGAUCUUUAGUGUCUCUGUUUCAGCUGCGAUUUUGGUGAUGUUUGUGAUUGGAAUGGCUUUGUAUCUGAUCAGAAAGAUCAAAAACGCCGAUGUGAUUGAAGCCUGGGAGUUCGAUAUUGGUCCUCAUCGAUUUUCAUAUAAAGAGCUCAAGAAAGCAACAAGGGGUUUCAGAGAUAAAGAGCUUCUAGGGUUUGGAGGGUUUGGGAGAGUUUACAGAGGAACACUGCGGAAUUCAAACACCCAAGUGGCAGUGAAGCGAAUAUCCCACGAAUCGAAGCAAGGGUUGAGAGAAUUCGUGUCGGAAAUUGCGAGUAUUGGCCGGCUCCGUCACCGGAAUUUGGUUCAGUUGCUCGGAUGGUGUCGCCGGCGAGGGGAUCUGUUACUGGUUUAUGAUUUCAUGCCUAAUGGAAGCUUGGACAAGUACAUUUUCGAGGAAACCAAAUCGGUUUUGACUUGGGAACAGAGGUUCAAGAUCAUCAAAGGAGUGGCCUCUGGAUUGCUCUAUUUACACGAAGAAUGGGAACAAACUGUGAUUCAUCGAGACAUCAAAGCUGGUAAUGUGUUGUUGGAUUCGGAGUUAAAUGGAAGAUUGGGUGAUUUUGGACUUGCUAAGUUAUACGAACAUGGUUCCAACCCGGGCACAACCAGAGUGGUGGGCACACUUGGUUAUCUUGCACCGGAGCUCACACGGACGGGGAAGCCCACGGCGAGCUCCGAUGUGUUCGCUUUUGGUGCGUUGUUGCUUGAGGUUGUAUGUGGAAGACGACCCAUUGAGCCCAAAGCAUUGCCUGAAGAGCUGAUUUUGGUGGAUUGGGUGUGGGAUAGGUGGAAGCAAGGGGCUAUUUUUGAUGUGGUGGAUAAGAGGUUGAAAGGCGAGUAUGAUGAGGUGGAGGUUGUGGUGGUGAUCAAAUUGGGAUUGAUGUGCUCGAACAAUGAGCCUUCCGUGCGCCCGAGUAUGAGGCAGGUGGUGCGGUACUUGGAAGGGGAGGUGGGGUUGCCGGAGGUGGUGGCUCAACCGGAUGCUUAUGAUAGGAAAAAGGGUGGUGUUGAGUUCGAGGAUUUUGUGCAUUCAUAUACAGCUUCGUCGUAUUUUGAGAAGGCGAGUGCGGGCUCAUCGAGUGUUGAUGGAUAUGGUGAUGUUGACAUUGAAGCUGGCUCAGCCUCGGCACUCUCUGUUGCCGGACGAGGGAACUCCAACUAGCCAUGGAGAUGGGGGAUGUUCUUAACUUUAUUGUUUUUGUAUGUAGUGUUUUAUGAUUCUUCUUUGUCCAAUUUUGUUGUAAAUUCUGUUGGGAUUUAUAUGCCCUGGCAUAGCAAAUUCCUAUCUGGAUUGUAUUGACAUAUGUUCCUGACAUAUCUAAAAUAUUUAUGAUUUAUAU